AUGCUUGUUCCUACAAUGGGCACGGCAGGCGCGCCAGAAUGGGAAAACGCGCAAAACACUCUCAUUUCUCCGCCUUCAUAUAAUGCAGGCGGCUCACUGGACGCUGUAUCCUCUCUACAAACAGCGCCUUCAGGCGAGCUUCUGCCCAAACCAGGGACGGGAUUAGGACGGCGUAGACCCCACCACAAUGCCUGGAGUUAUGUCUACGUUUUGGCUUCCACAGUUGCCCUUGUGGUGACUCUUGCAUUGCUGGUAUACUGUAGGGCCACCCAAAACAGCAGGAAAACCGGACAUCUGAUGCAACGGCGCUUGUCGGACAGAGAGGAGGAGGAGGACCUUGACAAGCUUUUAGAGGAUUGUAUAGAGUUAUGGGAGGAGGCUGGCUUUUCACCUGGUGCUUCUGCUUUUGAUGAGGAGCCAGCGGCGAAGAAGGCUAGGCUGUUCUUCAUGUUGAAAGAAUCCGCAGAAACGUAUGAAAGUGGGCAGGUGGGUACUUCACAGGCGUUGCAAGCGGGGGCAUUUGGGGCAUUUGGGUUCCCUCAUGCGUCUUCUGUGUAUGAACAACCUCUUCCAGAGGAAAGCACUGCAUUGAUGACCCUGCAGCUAGGAGGCGUUCAAGGGUAUAGAGGGGUGACAGGACCGCUUGAUGCUCCUCCAGAAGAAGCAUAUAGAGCUGGGGAUUCCGAUGACAAUUCUCCUGCGGGUUCGUUUCCCUGGCUUGUUUCUUUGCUGAGGACUCCUCCCAAAAACCCUGCUUUCCGUAGAGUCUUCUUCUCUUUUCACGGUCAGGGUGGUCAAGUACCUGCCCGCAAUUACGCGCAAGCUGAACCGCCGAGAAGCCCGAACCGAGAUCUAGGGGGAGAAGGUAGCGCUCAACGUGCACUGAGGAGAGCCCGCGCAUCAGUUUCCUCACAGGCAGAUGAAACAUCCUCGCCAUCCACGUCAAGAGACGCUUCAGGCACUGGCAGCAAAGGUUUAAGUGAUGAGGAUUGGAUUCCGGCAGGUUCGGACCCAAGUUCCACCGGAGUGUUGAAACAGGGACCAGAAGGAGAACCCUUACGUUCUAGCAUAAGACGCGGGAGGCGAAAACGUUCUAAAGAGGGCACGUCGAAAAAAGGGGGGGACCAACGAGAAGUGGAUCCGGGAACAGGAACUCAAAGUUUCAAUGAAAUGUUGCAAAAGAAGGUUGCAGAAGGGGAACUGACCGAGGAAGACAAGACCCGUUAUCAUCCUUUCGUGCGGCUUCCACAGCAAGUUCCCACUGAUAUUUUAACUUCCUUCGAUGGGUUUAACGCUUUGACAGCAAAAUUUUCUGGGCGCAGUCCAUUGGGCAGUUUUGCUUCGAUGCGCAAAAUAUUUUCGAAGGCUUCGCUAAGCGCCGCCGACGUCGGGGAACUGAUGGCGGAUUGCGCAUGUUUGAUCGCCUAUGCCAGGAUGAAGAUAGUCCUUUUCCCGUCUAGACUGAACGCCUUCUACGCCGCUAGAAGGCUGGGUGCGUUGCUCAUGGUAUUUGACGCCCUGGUGAGUUCGAUCGCAGUCCUAGGGGAUAAAAUGAAUGCCAACACCUGGUGGGAUUCAUUUGCAGAGAGCUUCACGACGGAAUACACUUUCGUACCACAGGCGAGAGCCCGGCGUUCUACCGAAAAGUUAGGUAUGCUUGCGCAGCGUUUGAGUGCUGCGGUGGAUAUCUACAAGACGGGAACGCGUCCACCCCUGAAAGAGGUAAUUUAUUUAAAGCGGCAGAUCCUGGCCAACUUGAAAAGCUCCAGUAUUUUCGAUGACCCUAUUUGGACAGCAUGGGAAAAAGAUGAUGAGGUCUUCACCCGAAUCGUUGAGGGUUUUGAUGAAUAA